CUAAAAUAAAUAAAAUGGCGACUUCCACUUUCAGCAUGGACAACAGUAGUAACUUGACCCCUCCUGCGAUCCACAUCACUGAACCACCUGAAGACAAGGAGGAAGAUGAUGAUGAUGAUUUCAAUGACAUCAUAGCUGAAGAUGACACGCCAGCGGCAAAAGGGGAUAACUCCGCCUGUGAGGCAGUCAACUACAAGGUCUCCAUGGACGAGUUUCAGAAUGUUGAUGUAUUCAAGUCACCGUCUGCCCCCACCACGGCACCUGAACCAACGCCCCCCUCUACCAGAGGUAGUGGGGAUGAAGCAGAUGGACCUGUGGAGCAGGAGACUGCUAAGGUAGAAGAGCCUAUCCCUGAGGAACCUACAAAGACUGACCAAUCUCAGCCUUCCGAUGAAAGUUCAUUGACCCACAACCAGGCUGUUGAGAAAGAUGACAAAACCGGUGACCCUGUUUUGGUUAAUGGAUCCAGUAAAGCCAAUGGAGAUAGCGGAAAUAAUGGGGUUACCGCCCCGUCAACAGAAGACAUUUUGAAGGCAGAAGUGAGUCGGACUGGAGUCGUGGAGCCCUCAGAACAGCUUUUAAGAGCCCAAGCUGAGUGGGACGCUGUAGAAACAAUUCAACCAGGAGCUGCUUCGCCAGGUAAACACAGCGCAGUGAGAAAGCAAGCUCUGGUGUCAUUUAAUGAAGCACUGGGCUUCUUUCAGACAUGCAAUAUGGAAAAGUAUAUGAGUAAGAUCAAGCCUUGCGUUCAGAGGACAGGGUUUGCUGCCCUCAAACAUCUAGUCCUGGGACCACCAAAGAUGAACAAAGGUCUACUGGAUGAGCGGAACUUGGUCUUUGCUAUUGCACAGUAUCCCUUUGAUGAUGAUGAGCUGAUUCAUAAGCGUGUUCUCCAGACGGUCUACAAGCAGCUGACAGGAAGCGCGAUAGACUGUCCUAGAUUUGGAUCUCAUUGGGAACAGAUAGGCUUUCAAGGAACGGAUCCAUCAACCGAUCUGAGGGCGUGUGGGUUCCUAGGACUUCUGACCUUGCUGGACUUUCUCAUGGACUCUCAGAAGUUUCCUCUUGCCAAAGAAAUCUACAAGCUCUCCCAGCACGAAACACAGAAUUUUCCCUUCUGUGUGAUGGCGAUCAACAUGACAAGGAUAGCGUUGCAGGCAUUACGAGAGGAACACUUAUCAAGAGAAUGCAAUAGACGGAAGCAAGUCUUUGGUGUCAUCAACGAUUUUUACGCCAGCAUCUUUUUACAACUCUACCAGACGUGGAAACAGCAGAGAAAAACAAUCCACGAUUCAGGCUUUGUACUCAAAGAAUUGGAGGCCAACUGCAAGAAGAAUCCUCGGACCAUGAUGCGGAACCUUGAAAUCUACCUUGCAGAGAGGUCAUCAAGAGGGGGCGACAUGUCACCGAGGUCAGGGGCCGCCUCGUCACCAGGGAAAGAAAAGACUAUCAUGGACUUCGCUGGUGUGCAUGAACUGGAGGACCAACAAGGCUGAGCGGGGGAGCAGCAAAAACCCAAAGAAAUUGAAAGACGAUUUGUAUGGACUGCCGCAAUCAUGAGAGCUUUUGAUUCGUGUGUCACAUUGCCAAAGUUUUUUAUUUCCGAGGAUAUGAGAGAAGCCUUUGAAAGACAAUGAUGAUUGCGAUUAGCACAAGCUCAAGCAAGGCAACCAAUGUGUUGCCUUUUAGAGAACUGGCUGAAAUCUGUGCUGUCUACAUGUAUGGCCAUGGCUAGAGUACAGGAGCCUAUAACCAUGACAACAUGAAUUUUUUGAUGCCAAACAUUGAUUGAUUGUUCUUUAUUUUACUUUAGAGCCAAAGAAACGGUAGCUCAGUCAAGUCUGUAUAUAAAUACCACUCAAAUGAUACAGGAAAAGUUGUGUUUGUGGUUAAAGAAAGGUGGUCUUUAUUAUACCUGAAACACAGAAUUCAUAAGAUACAGCAUUUUAUAAAUAACACUGUUCAAGGGGAACAAGAAAGAUGGCCUUCAGAGAUAGGUGGUACAUGUAGUUGUAUUCAAGUCUUCUUCUUCUUCUUUUGUAGAAUUCUUCCAGUUCUGGAGACCUACAAGAUCUUGGGGAUUCGCAGAUAGGUGAUGAGUGUUCAGAUUGAGAUUUGUAUUCAAGUAUUAGCUUUAAAAGCAGGUUUGGAUGUGUAUUCUUGUAGGUAUAAAUCAUCUAAGGACAAAUUGAUCCAAGUCCUAGUUCAGGGACCAAUCUAUGGACACUGCCACACUUAUUUGGAUUUGAACCUGGGACUCUCCAGUUUCAAGACCUCUAUUCAAAACCACUGAACCAUUCCAACACCUAAUACUCAGCGGACUUUAUCUACAUACGUGUAGAUGAUGAUGGUGGCAGUUAUGAGACAAAAGAAUUAUUAAAUUUAAAGAAAGUGUAGUGCACGUACAUAUGUGUCAUGCUUGUGUACUCAUAGAGCUGUGAUUACUAUUAAAGACAUAACAAAAUUGUUCAGUCAAAGAUAUCUUACAGUUUCAUAUAUGUAUUUUGAUUCUUUUUUGGGGGGUGACGCCAUGCCACCUCUAGUCUCUAUGUCGAUUGAACCUGUGCACAGUUUCUUGAAUAAAUAUGCCUUACCGAUGCCUCUGCUGAAUAUUGAAGAACUGGGGGACGUUUCACAAAACAUGUCAUCAGUGACUAAUGACACUUUUUGUUAUAAGCUACUGAAAUCCUUGCUUCUGAUUGGUUGUCAGCAGAUUUGUCACUGAUUUUUGUUAUUUGUCAUUGACAAAAGUCUUUGUGAUUAGGACUCAUAAAGUGACGUGACGACUGAAUGAUCAGAGUCGUGUAAGAUUGUCUUUAUGUAAAGAAGCCGAAAGGAAGAGCUUAGAUGUAUCAUUGGAGAAUGUGGAGUAGUCAGCUACAGAGAAAUGAAACAUUUGUUCCAAGAUCGUAGCACUUGGAGACACGUUUGUUGGAGAAAUUUAAUAGGGUUUCUUAACCUGAUAUUUGACAGAUUGCUAUCGAUGAUGAUACUUCAAUCAUAUUGUCAAACCGACAAAUUCUUAGCCGCGAGGGGUAAUAUAAUUUUUUUCUGCAGUCUGUUGUCAGUCUCGAAUUGGUCUCAUUGGUUUUACUAGGGUAUUACAAGUCAGAAGAAGGCGUUAAUAAACACAAUCAUGCAUACAUGGUAGAGUGUGAUAGUGUUGAUGGGAUCUUUAGCGCAGCAACAUAUUCAUGUGUCUCAUAGUGCUAUCAUGAAUGUCAAAGAUAUUGAAUUGAAAACAUUACCAGGUUUUAAGAGUAAAGAAUUGACUUUUUAUUGAAAGGUGGUCAGCUGUAAGAUAAUAGUUAUGAUAAUUGUUAGUUUACUUGACCGGUACAUUUAUUGUGCAUUAGCUGUGCUAACAAAUUGUGAUAAAAAAAUAUAGACAUCGUGAUGUAAUGUGGCAAAUUUUGCUAAUUACCGGUAUGAGUAUUUCCAAGUACAAAAUAAAUAUGAAAAUGUCAGCAUUCUUGUUUCAAAGAUCAAAGUUUUGGUGGUGUUUCUGUCCAAGCUAGGCUCCAUGCUCUUGUGAAAAAUCUGAUUUACCUUUUCACUGCUAUCAUUGGAACCUGCCACAAACUAGAUAUUGAAGAAUAGUGGUUUAAACAAUACUGACCCUAUUAUAACUUAUACUGAAUAUUGGGUCACAUUGUGAUUUAAGUUGUUCUUAGCAAAUAUGUCAAUUGAAACUUUUAAAAGAGGUUAUUAUCACCUUGAUAUCUGAGUUAAUUUCAGUGUGCAAUUCCUUUUAAACUUUGAGAAUUGUUCACCUGCACCUGACAAAGUCGCAUCAUGCCAUGUUAUCUGUCGAGUGAAUAAUCUUUGGCUAAGCAUAUAAAUGAUUAAAAAAUGAUUUGUUUUAUCCGUCCUGAACUUUGAGACAUUCCUCAGAUUAUGAUUUUUUUUAAUUAAUCACCUUGAUAUUCUUUCAUGCAAUUAUGUACAUAAAGCAGGUUUGAUCAUGAAUAAAUUCAUAGUUAUACUAGGCAUUUCCUUCUUAAGCGUCUCUCUUAACCCGGGUGUGGGAAGAGGAUAUCUGGGGAAAAAGAUAUUCCUUGAAUGAUUUCGGCACAAAGGUGACUAUCAUCAGUACCUUAUUUUUAAUUAUCAAUUUGAUGGGUUUAUAAUGAACUGAAAUUGAUAGAAAGAUUAAAGGAGAACUUAUGUUUAAAGUUUGAUCGUUAUUUUAUGAAUAAUAGGGAAGGCGUGAAUUUAUCUUGAUCAAAUUCAAUUGUAUAACCUUUCACGGUAUUCAGCAAAAAUUUGUCUGAACUUAAUUUUGCCCAGUUGAGAUAGAAUGGCCUCAGUCGACCCCCGACCAUAUUAGAAAGCUACGAAGAUUUUGAGGCACUUACCUCUUAGGCACUCUUGGGCUAGAAGACUAUGAUGACUUCCUAUUUCCUCCCCUGAUUUUGUUGAUAGGGGUGAAAGUGCUUCCUCUCUUUUGCCAGCUUGCCUUCUGCUGCUGUUGGGGUGUAUGUGUGAGGAUGGGAGGUCUGUUUGAAUGUGUUUCCCAUCCACAACUUGUGCCCUACAAAAGGGCGCCCAAAGAUCCAGGCAUGACAUGCACCUGUGAGGUUGACCAGCCUGCCUGUUUCAUUUUGUGUCUAGCAUCUUCAUUGUAUCUCUUGUACGGGCAAUACUGUUGAGUAUGCUGAUGGCCUUUACUUUUAGCUGGUCCUGCAGAUCUUUAACUUGCUUCCCAAGAUUGUCUACGAAGAGAAGCUCAUUUACUUUGUUUGAGGGCUUGCAAAAUUGACGUAAGCCAAUGUGUACCUCGGUCUUUAUGAAAUCCUUCCUAAGAGAAUUCAAAC